GCACUGAAACCUUCAUAUGGAGAAUUGCUGUAGGGCAGUCCGUGUGUACGCAAGCCUGCAUGCCCCCCAUUAUUAUUACAUGUAAUUUGAUUGCUCGCCCAGCUGACUUUCUGCUAUUUACGGCAUUGAUGUAAACGCCUUUAAAAUAGCCCCCCGGUGGGUAAGCCAGUGAGAUUGUGUUGCAGGCAGGAAUGUCUGCGCAUUUCCAGCUGCUGCACAACUUCCACAGCUACCCCACUCCGAGUUGCAGUGUAACAGCAGCCGGGGGGCCGCACAUUCCUGCAUACAGCAGCCUGGCUGGGGGAAACGUUGUGUAGGGAAACUAGUCGCGGCUUGGGGGCUUCCGUAACUACAAUUCCCAGGGAUCCCUUUGGGUCACAGAGAUCAGAAGACGUGUUGCAAAGUGUGAUAGCUUUCUGGGGCAAGGGAUGGGGUUGCGUUCUUGCUGCUGUUAUGGCUACUGAGGCGAGUCAUCUGUGCUUAGAAUUCUCGGGCGCCAUUUCAGAAGCAAGCAUCUUGUGAUCCACGUAUGGCUCUUCAGCCCCAGCAAGCAGGGAAGAUGGAGCUGCGUACAUAGGCUGCAUACCCUGUUAUUGCAUUGCCUACGGGCCGAUCCCGGGUGUAGUCUCUCGGCGCGCAGGCCUGCCCACUGGCCUCCAUUUUGAUUGCAUUCUUGUCAUCUUGGAACAAUGCCAGUAGAAAGGAUGCGAAUGCGACCUUGGCUAGAAGAACAAAUAAAUAAAGAUCUAAUUCCUGGUUUAAAAUGGUUAAAUAAGGAGAAAAAGAUAUUUCAGAUUCCAUGGAUGCAUGCUGCUCGUCAUGGCUGGGAUGUUGAUAAGGAUGCUCCUUUAUUCAGAAACUGGGCUAUACACACAGGGAAGUAUCAACCUGGAAUAGACAAGCCAGACCCAAAGACAUGGAAAGCAAACUUUCGCUGUGCUAUGAACUCUUUACCAGACAUUGAAGAAGUUAAGGAUAAAAGUAUGAAAAAAGGAAAUAAUGCUUUCAGGGUGUACAGGAUGAUCCCAGUAGCAGAAAGGCCAUCAAAAAGAGGUAAAAAAAACAAAGCAGAUAAAGAAGACAAAAUCAAACUGGAACAGGAAGAAGCUACUGAAGCACCAGCACCUUCAAUGAAUGGAUCAUCUCUGGGACCCCUACCAUAUGCCAUUUAUAACCAACCAAUAAAAGCUGAAGUUGAUAGCACUGUGAAUAUUUUAGUUGUGGAGCAUCCUAUGUAUAACACUGGUAUAGUAGAAGAGAUGAUUGUCGCCAAUCCUCCUGAUGUCUGCCAAGUUGUAGAGGUAACUACAGAAAGUGAAGAACAGCCAUCCGUAAGAACGCAACUGUACCCUUUGCAGAUCUCCCCUGUGUCUUCAUUUGCUGAAAGUGAAACAGACAGCGUGCCUAGCGAUGAUGAACGGAUGAGCCAUCGACGCCAGCAGAAGAUCCCUGGCAGCAAAGAAUCUGUAAGAACGUCAAGCCAAAGAGCCCCUUAUAAUUUACCUGGCAUGGCAACAUUUGUAACCUCCAAACCAGACCUGCAGGUCACUAUAAAAGAGGAGAAGUAUCCCCUUCCCUACAACAGCUCGUGGCCUAUAUUCCCAGACAGUACACCUUAUUCACAGACGGGUGCAUCCUCUUCACUAAAUAGCGCUCGACAAGACCAUGAAACUAGAGCUACUGUCAUUAAGAAAACCUCAGAUGUUGCUCAGCCAAGGCUGAAAACUUGCUAAGGCCACGUUGCAAAUUUGUAUCAAUAUAUAGGAUGGGAACAAAUAUUGUGGAAAACGUUGGAUUUGAUGUGGUUGGAGCCUUUAAGAUGUUGGAGAACCAAAGGAAAGGAUUCAAUAUUCAAGCAUAGCUAUGGACAGCUCAUUGUAGCAGAGGAUUUAUCUCAGGAUUGGGCCAUGGAACGGUCUAAGAGAUUCUAAAAAGAAAAUAAAUGAUUAAAGCUGGACCAACUUCCAUUAUGGGGAAGGUCAAGGCUGAGGAAAUGCAACAAGGCCUUUGGACAAAUAAAAUGUGAAACUGCUAGAACAUUAUCCUUUUUUAUUUUAAGAAAAUCUGUGCUGUAAAUAUGUAUAUUUUAUACGUGAGUUCUAGCAAUCUGCUUGUGCACCUCACAAACAAGCACUGGCACAACAAGGCGGCCUUCUUUUGUACUGCUGUAAAUGGAAUUCAGGCCGAACCCAGCUACCCCUGUCCUUUCGCUCAAAACAUGAAUUUCACUGAAAGUGGUUAAACUGAAACUCUGGCUUUUGCACCUCUGACUGAAAUGAUGAAUUAAUAAGUAACCUUUAUUAAUAACAGGGCUUUGUAUUCUAACCUUGCUUCGCUCACAACCAAGGUACAAAUAGGAAUUUCUAUCAGCCCCAAGACUUGAGAGUUAAUAUAAAUAGAAUUAUGCAGACAUAUAAUGACCAGACUAUAACUAUUAACUCCCAGAGCUAGCUUUUUUAUUUUUUUAUACGGGGGUAUUUUAUUUGAGGCAAAAAUCCAAAGUUAACAUAAUUAUUUUCUAUUUUUUUUAUACAGCAAAUUUAUUAUAUGAUUCAGUUUCCUGUUUGUCAGCAAAACUGUUGUGGCACAUUUUCGUAGGUCUUUUGUUUCCUAACAUGAAACUGAUAUAUUAAUCUAUUAUGUAGAAAGCAAAUUUAUUAUUAUUAUCCUGUGGAUUGACAAAUAAAUAGUCAUUGCAGUUUUAUCUGUAAUCUUUCUCUG